GCUCACUCUGCUGCGGACGGGACAGAGCUCAGACAGCUUGCUCUGCGCUCCCCGGGUCCCUGGUAAGCUCUCCACCCUGUAGUCUCCUUGGGUGACCCGUAGGAUCGAAGUCACCAUGUUCAGCUGGCUGAAGAAGGGCGGGGCUCGGGGCCAGCGACCUGAGGCCAUCCGCACUGUGACCUCUUCCCUCAAGGAGUUGUACCGCACAAAACUUUUGCCCCUGGAGGAACACUACCGCUUCGGGGCUUUCCAUUCACCGGCCCUCGAAGAUGCCGACUUCGAUGGCAAACCCAUGGUGCUGGUGGCCGGCCAGUAUAGCACUGGCAAAACCAGCUUCAUCCAGUACCUUCUGGAGCAGGAGGUUCCUGGCUCUCGUGUGGGUCCAGAGCCCACCACCGACUGCUUCGUGGCUGUCAUGCAUGGCGAGACAGAGGGCACCGUGCCGGGCAAUGCUCUCGUUGUGGACCCAGAGAAGCCCUUCCGCAAACUCAAUCCUUUUGGAAACACUUUCCUCAACAGGUUUAUGUGUGCCCAACUCCCCAACCAGGUCCUGGAGAGCAUCAGCAUCAUCGACACACCGGGCAUCCUGUCAGGUGCCAAACAGAGAGUGAGCCGCGGCUACGACUUCCCAGCCGUCCUGCGCUGGUUUGCCGAGCGCGUGGACCUCAUCAUCCUGCUCUUCGACGCCCACAAGUUGGAAAUUUCCGAUGAGUUCUCAGAGGCCAUCGAUGCCUUGCGUGGACACGAGGACAAGAUCCGCGUGGUACUCAACAAGGCGGACAUGGUGGAGACACAGCAGCUGAUGCGUGUCUACGGAGCACUCAUGUGGGCGCUGGGAAAGGUGGUGGGCACGCCCGAGGUCCUGCGCGUCUACAUCGGCUCCUUCUGGUCCCAGCCGCUCCUUGUGCCAGACAACAGACAUCUCUUCGAGCUGGAGGAACAGGACCUCUUCCGUGACAUCCAAGGUCUACCGCGCCAUGCGGCAUUGCGCAAGCUCAACGACCUAGUGAAGAGGGCGCGUCUAGUGCGGGUGCAUGCUUACAUCAUCAGCUACCUGAAGAAAGAGAUGCCCUCGGUGUUCGGGAAGGAAAACAAGAAGAAGCAGCUGAUCCUCAAGCUGCCUGUCAUCUUCGCCAAGAUCCAGCUAGAGCACCACAUCUCCCCUGGGGAUUUCCCUGACUGCCAGAAGAUGCAGGAGCUGUUGAUGGCACAUGACUUCACUAAGUUCCACUCCUUGAAGCCGAAGCUGCUGGAGGCUCUGGAUGAGAUGCUGACACACGACAUUGCUAAGCUUAUGCCGCUGCUUCGGCAGGAGGAGCUGGAGAGUGUGGAGGUUGGCGUGCAGGGUGGUGCGUUUGAGGGCACCCACAUGGGCCCCUUCGUGGAGCGGGGCCCUGACGAGGCACUGGAGGAUGGCGAGGAGGGCUCAGAAGAUGAUGCCGAAUGGGUGGUGACCAAGGACAAGUCCAAAUACGACGAAAUCUUCUAUAACUUGGCGCCUGCCGAUGGCAAGCUGAGUGGUUCCAAGGCCAAAACCUGGAUGGUAGGCACCAAGCUUCCCAACUCUGUGUUGGGGCGGAUCUGGAAGCUGAGCGAUGUUGACCGAGAUGGCAUGCUGGAUGAUGAGGAGUUCGCCCUGGCCAGCCAUCUCAUCGAGGCCAAGCUCGAGGGCCACGGGCUACCCACCAACCUGCCCCGCCGCCUGGUGCCGCCUUCCAAGCGACGCCAGAAGGGCUCUGCUGAGUGAGACAGCGCGAUUGAUGGUCCUCCCUCCCACUCUGCCCUGCUGUGGCUCCCCAGCUCCAGUUGGCUACACGGCUACACGCAGAUCCCUGCUCUGGCCCACUCACCCUCUCUGCCCACCCUUCCUGGCUGUAAGGACUUGAGGGGGACUACUCCCCCACACCAGAUAUUCAGCCAAAGCACUUAUAGGGGACCAGAGGUAGUGACAAACCUUCUCUGUCCCAUCCUUCACACCUCCACCCUCACAUACACAAGGCCUUUCAUAGAGAAACACACAGACAUCUAUCUAUCAUUCAUAUAGAGACUUUUUUCCCUUUUAUUAUUAUUUUUUAAACAAUGUCUCAGAUAGCCCAGGAUACCCCUGAACUUCCUAUGCAGCUGAGGAUGACCUGGAUAUUUCAUCUUCCUGGUCUAUGCAGUGCUGGGGUGUGAACACAGGGUCUCCUGCAAGCUAGGCAAGCGCUCUGUCAACUGAGGUAUGUCUGCAGCCCCAUCGGAUAUUUAUUGAGCACUUACUGUAUGCCGGGCCCUGGUGGAACAGACUCUCAGGAGUGUGACAUCUUCAUAGUCACACAAAUACUGAUACCAGCAAGACCCCUUGUCCCUUUUUAUAGGUAAGCAGCUCCUUUUACUCAGACAUGCUAGAGCUCCCUACUCUAUUAUGUCUUCAGGUCUUGGGACCAUUGGGGGCUCAGAGGAAGACACCUGACCUCCUCCUUCCUCAUAUGGACCCAUUUCUGUCACUUUCUUCCCACAACAUUGAACCCUGAACACACCCUUUUCACAAAGAUUCUGCAGCAGAUUAAAAACAACUUCCCAGCUCCUUCAAGGAUGGUUUGCAUCCUCUGCCCGGUGCCCCCAUGUGCCCAGUGCUGGGGACCCCAGUAGCGGGUCCCUCUUUCCACCUUCAGGUCCCUACCAAAGACAGAGGCCCCAGGGGUGCCAGGCACUUUACUGAAGGCAGAGUUCUCACGGGUAUUCUGGGGUUGGGAAUUCUUGGUGCUAUAACCUUUCCUCCUCCUUACAGGGACCCCCAUGCCUGCUCUCAACACCCCUGGUGGGGGACAUCAUGGAGAAGAUGGGGGCAGCUGGAAGGGGCUGGGAACCCAAGAGUGACCCCCACAGGGCCAAUAAAGCUAAGACUGCUGCUUGUUUCACUGUCAGGCUAUUU